GAACUGGAAUCCUCAUCGGCGCCGCCCCUUCCAGUCAGAGCCCGAGAGAGGACGAGAGGAGGCCUCCUUCGUCAUCGCGUUGUCCAGCUUACACUGGCUGACUGGUCUCCGAGGACGUCACUGCUCCGCGCCGGAAGUCUCUGUUUUCGUGGUCUCUUCCUCAAUACCUACCCCUUCCCGGGCUCCACAAGAUCCCGGGACAUGAGCCGGAAGAGGCAGCGCCUGGUCCCGGAGACGCUGGGACUGAAGAGGUGGCGGGAACGAGGUCAUGCAGAGGCAGAUCCUCUGAGGGGCGAGGCAGGGUCGGCGCGCGCAGCAGUCACGGAGCUGGUGGGGCUGUUCCCGCGAGGCCUGUUCGAAGAUGCGCUGCCGCCUAUCGCACUCAAGAGCCAGGUGUACAGCCUCGUGCCCGACCGGACCGCGGCUGACCGGCAGCUGAGAAAAAAUCUCCAAUAUGGGCAUAUAAAAAUCUCCCUGCCCCGAAAUGCCCAGAGGGGAGUGGAGCAUCUUACCUUGACACCCUUCUUUUCACUUCCAUCUAUUUGGACACAGAAGGCACUUCAAGAGCAGGGGGAGAUCAGAAUCAUCCAGCUAGGGUUCGAUUUGGAUGCUCAUGGAAUUAUCUUCACCGAAGACUACAAGAACAGAGUCCUCAAGGCCUGCGAUGGCCGAUCAUAUGCUGGGGCAGUGCAGAAGUUUCUGGCUUCGGUGCUUCCAGCCUGUGGGGACCUUAGCUUCCAGCAGGACCAAAUGACACAGACCUUUGGCUUCAGGGACACAGAGAUCACGCAGCUGGUGAAUGCUGGAGUCCUUACUGUCCGAGAUGCUGGGAGUUGGUGGCUAGCUGUGCCUGGAGCUGGGAGAUUCAUUAAGUAUUUUGUUAAAGGGCGCCAGGCUGUCCUCAGCAUGGUUCGGAAGGCCAAGUACCGGGAACUACUCCUUUCAGAGCUCUUGGGUCGGCGGGCACCUGCCGCGGUACGACUCGGCCUUGCCUACCAUGUGCAUGACCUCAUUGGGGCCCAGCUGGUGGACUGUGUCUCCACCACUUCUGGAACCCUCCUGCGUCUGCCGGAGACAUGAGGAUUCUACUCAUCAUUACACAUCUCCCCAGAGUGGGGCUAGAGGGGCCCAGGAGUGUUGCCCAGUGGUGGCUGAGACAGGGUCACCUUGGGAAAGCUUGGGACCAGGAUUUGUGUUGGGUCCAUGGCCGUGCAAAGGGUCAGGCGUGACUGCUACUGUUUACCUGGGCUCCAAGCCAGUGGUCGGGUUUGGGCAACGCUUCUCUGCUCUUCCAUGGAAGUGGAGCCAGAAACUGUGCCAGGGCCAUGGCUGCUGCCUUUCAUACAGCAAGGUGCUGCUCUGAUUGUCUUGGAAAGGUGGGGUUUCUGGGGAGGCUGGUGAGGGAGGGCAGGGUUCUCUUCCCUACAUGUUGGGUUGAAACUGCCAAAUAAAGUACUUGUGCCGGUGCUGUU